AUGGGCAACAUAUUGGAUUAUUUGACCACUAUAGGUCUUUUUCAACAGCUUUUUGGGUUAUUCUCUCUGGCUAUUGCUAUUCUCGUCUUAACAUAUCAUGUGUUCUUCGUUAUAUACUACCCAUCCAACCUGCCUCGAGUAGGAGCAGACAAGGGAAGCACAUGGAUUACGAUGAGAAAACAGUUCAACACUGACUGCUUGUCCUUCUUGAACGAUGUGUAUGAAAACUACUCGAAGAAAGGAAAAUCAGUGCUUAUCCCCGUGUUCGGUCCCCACGAUGAAGUCAUUCUACCACCAAGCUCAUUAGCAUGGCUCUGCCGACAGCCAGACAAUGUGUUGAGCUCUCUCGAUGCACAGAUAGAUUCGAUCCAACCCCACCAUAGCCUGGGUAACAAGUUUGCGUAUGAUCCAUGGGGUGGCAUGUUAAUCAAGACCGAUCUAAACAGCGCGAUUGAGACCGUAUGCGCUGUUUUGAAUGAUGAGCUGAGCGCUGCAUUUAGUGCAUGCUUUGGAGACGACUGCGAUAUUUGGAAAGAGGUUGAUCUUUUCCCUGCGUGCCGGAUUAUCGGGGGCCGCGCAACUUUACGUUUUACCCUGGGAGAUUCCCCCGAGGGAAGACGCCUCUGUGCUGAUGACGGGUUCGUCCAGAGCUGUUAUGAUGUCUUGGAUGGUAUGCUUGAUACCGCUGGAGCGAUGGCUUCGUCUCUCAAAAUAUUCAGACCUUUCCUUGGCCCCUGGGCAAGCAGAGCCAUGACAGGAAAGCUCCGAGAUCUUGCGAAGCGCAUCGAGCCCCUGUAUCAGGAACGGAUGAAUAUUUUGAGAGACCAGCUGACUGAGAAGGAUUCCAAGCCACAAGAUUUGAUCGAAAUGAUGCUUCAGUACGCCGUCAAUGAACGCCCAAAGGAGGCCAACAGCCUGGAUGACAUCGCAAAGCGGCUUGCGCUUUCAAACUUCGGUACCAUGCACCAGACAAUCAUUACCCUUCACAACCUCGUCCUCAAUAUCAUCGACUCGGACACUGAGUUUGAUACUGUCUCCAUCCUGCGAGAUGAAGUAACGCGUGUUCUGGGACAAGGGAACGAUACUACUUCAAAACAGUGGACCAAAUCCAAAGUAUCUGCCAUGGUGCGGGCCGACAGUGUAGCUCGGGAAACCCUUCGUGUCAACUCCUUCAUCGGCCGAACAGUCCAGCGCCUGGUAGUUGCGCCUAGCGGCAUCACGACCCCUGAUGGCAUUCAGCUGCAGCGUGGGACAAUGGUGUCCAUCCUUGCCCACCAGUCCCAGACCGAUGAGGACUACUUCAAGGAUCCGCUCAAGUUCGACCCGUUCAGAUUCUCCCGCGAGCGUGAGGCAGCCGCGGAUGAAAUGACGGGACACCCUGGCUUGAAUCACCUCAGCCUGGUAUCGACGUCGGCGAAAUACCUGCCCUUCAGCCACGGAAGACACGCGUGUCCGGGAAGAUUCCUCGUCGACUUUGAGCUCAAGAUGAUCAUGGCCUACGCUGUCAAGAAUUACGAUCUGGAGUUUCCGGAGCAGUAUGGAGGCAAGCGGCCACCUAACAGCUGGUUCAGUGGGUUCGGCAUUCCGCCUUUGGAUGCUAAGAUUAGAGUGAAGAGGAAGAAGCGUGACUAA